UUUCUUACGCAAGCGUAACUCUAAUCUCAAGGUCUGGAAGGUCUCCGCAGAUAAAUGUGAUAUCGAAAUCUCUUGUGUAACGCAUUCGCCCACCGUAUCACCGGAAAUUUGUCCGUCCUGUCACAAUUUAUCGGCCGUUUAGACCAAAAGCGCAGUUUUAUACAGGAAAACGCUGGUCAGGAAUAUAUCUGUGUGCAUGGAGUGACAGAAAGUGCGAGAAUUAGAAAAGAUGAAGACUAUUCCUCAGUCAUUCUUCCUCUUCGGUCCUUAACAGACAGGUUGGGUAUUAAAUGUCUCUCAUGCACUCUGGAAGCAUUGAAGUGCCAGACAUCACCACGGCCAUACAGGAGAAAGAAAGGAGGGAGUUGAGCUCUUCUGCACAUCCUUCAUCAUCAUCAUCAUCUCCAUCUGCAAUGGAGAUUGCCCUGGCUCAUCCUGCCCUGAAGGCAUUUAUAUGCGGCUCUCUCAGCGGCACUUGCUCCACUCUGCUGUUCCAGCCGUUGGAUCUGGUGAAGACCAGACUGCAGACUCUGCAGAACAACAUGCACCCGGGUGCUCCUAAAGUGGGAAUGAUUACAGUCUUUUUGAAUGUGAUACGCACAGAGAAGCUGUUUGGCCUCUGGAAAGGGGUUUCACCGGUGAGUCCAGUUCGCUUUAUGCGCUGUAUCCCUGGUGUAGGGAUCUACUUCAGCACAUUUUACUCACUGAAGCAGCAUUUAAUCCAGGAUGGCUCUCCAGGAGCUGGGGAGGCAGUGUUGCUAGGGGCGGGUGCUCGUUGCAUGGCAGGCGUGGUCAUGCUUCCCAUAACAGUCAUUAAGACUCGUUUUGAGAGUGGACGGUACAACUACGUUAGCGUGGCUGGAGCUCUUAAAAGUGUGUGUAAGAACGAGGGUCCAAGGGCUCUUUACUCUGGGCUUACAGCAACUCUACUCAGAGACGCCCCAUUCUCUGGCAUAUAUGUCAUGUUCUACAGCCAGGCCAAAAAAUAUUUACCACAUGAGAUAAGCUCGUCAUCCUAUGUCCCACUGGUUAAUUUUGGGUGUGGUGUGGUGGCUGGUAUUUUGGCCUCUUUGGCCACUCAGCCAGCAGAUGUGGUAAAAACCCACAUGCAAGUGAGCCCAGCACUGUAUCGCAAAACCAGCGAUGCCAUACGCUUCAUUUAUGCAGAGCAUGGCUUGAGUGGGUUCUUUAGGGGAGCGGUUCCUCGUUCUCUGAGGAGAACUCUCAUGGCUGCCAUGGCCUGGACUGUGUACGAGCAGCUGAUGGCACUCAUGGGCCUGAAGUCCUAAAGCCACUUGACACACUUUAUCUGUGUACGUCCAUACAGUGUGCAUCAGUUACAGAGAGUUUGUGUUUAUAGUGUUUGCAGAUAAUGGCAGAAAGAUGCCGUUCUGUCAGCCUUUAAGAGUUUGACAAAAACGACAGCAGCUAGAACUGGCUACGGUACAGGUGACAGAAGAGUUGUGUGUGUGAGCGAUCAUGUCUGUGUGUGUUUGUGUUUUCAAGUGCAGUGAGUCUUUACCCUGUGACACCUCUGACAGUGACUUUCCUGAAUUGCCACAGUGUGGAUCUGUCAGCCUAAGGAUGUUGACGCUAGCACAUUCAGACAGGGAUCUGCACUCAAGAAUACCAAUGAGAGACAGACAGCCAAACCGUGUACCUUCAGCUCACCCAAAACACUCCUUUCAAACUCAAACAUCAUGUCAACCAACCACUGAACUUGUAGCAGACACUGGAAAGUGUUCACCUUUGCUGGGUUCAUACAUUUUUUUAACCCAACAAAGACUCUAUGGACUCCUAUGUCUGAGAAAGUUUGUAAGUCUAGUUCUCUCAGUCGAAAAUCAAUUUUAGUCUUGGAUGAGACUUUACGGGAGUGAAGGAUGCUGGCUUUAUCAAGUUGACAUAAUUCUCCAGCGCUCAGACAAUCAGACUGAAUUACUCCAUUGCUGAGAAACUUAACUGACACCACAUGACUCAACUACUAACUGAUAUUAAUGCGUCUUUAUGCGAUGAUUUGUGCUGUGCUACUGAUCUCUUGAUUUAGUUCAAGUUAUUUAGUGCAUUCCAAUUUUUUUUUUCCUUUCACUAAUGCUCAAAAGGAAACUGCAGUGUCCUGAGCACAGGUAAAGCAAGGAAUUUUUUUUAGUUAGACCAGAAAAAAGGCUUAAUAUUAUACAAACAAAACAUAAGAAUUGGUGUUGUAGUUCCUGAGAAAAGCAUUAUUUUAUUUUUUUUAAAGUAGAAUGAUGUUUACACAUAUCAGUUAAAAACUGCAUUAGUUAAUUCAUAAUAUUUGCAAAUGCUCAUUUUGAUUGGUGUUGUUUUAGUAAUUCCUGCUGUAAGACACUGUGGUUGCAUUAGUGUUCUCAUUGUGAACACAUCAGUGUAAUGCUAGUACUACUUCCGCCAUGAGCCUUUCUCAGUCUCUUCUGUAUUGUUAUGGUACUUUGCUCACUAAUAUUUCUCACACUGUUUCAGUGUGAAAACUCUAGUGUUUGAGGUGUGACUUUGCUCUAAAAGUGCACAAAAAUGAACCUUUGAGAGUUCAUAUAUGCACUUUAAUUAUUUUGACUGAGUUGCAGGAACCAAUAGAAUUUUACGUCCGUGAGGCUGGCAGUUAUUUAUCUGGAUGUAAAUUAAGUUAAGAUCAACUGACAGCUUUUGUGGCAUAAUGUUGAUUACCACAGAAAUAAGUUUGAUAUGCCCCUCCUUUUCUUUAAUGCAGUUCUGCGUCACUUUGACCCGUUUAAACUUUUAACACCAAUUUACAUCAAUUUAACUUUUAACUUUUUGGUCUGAAACUUCAUGACAUCCUCAUAGGAGGAUAAUCUAACAAAGAAGUUGUUUAGAAAAACUUAAUAUAAAAACUUACGAGACAGCUGUGAUAUACCAGAAAACUUGUAUUUAAAAAUUGUAAUGCAGUGUCAAAACAUCAAAAUGACACCAGAGCCUAGAACUUUUCCCCUAAGUGCUAUGUUCCUUGUUUGGCAACUGAAGGGUUAAAAAAAAAAGUGAAUGGGCUAAUUUUUGGAGGGUAUCAUUUUAUAAAAUCUUUUAAUGCUUCUGUUAAAACUCUUGUAUUAUUUGAGUUGUUUAAAUAGUCGUUUUAGGGUUUAUGGGGUACGUUGUCAUGACAACGAAGUUGCAAAAUUUGAUACAAUUUUGAACUUAAAGUGUAACUUUACACAGAAAAGGUUUGUUUUAUCACACUAAAAUCAUGUUAACAGGCAUAACGUUUAUGUCUUGUGGCAAUACAUUUGAGUAUUUGGCACAUUCACUUCCAUUGUAAGUGCCUCACUGAUUUUAGCUUUUUUUUAAAGUUAAGGAGGGACAUGAUUAAACAUUAUGCCACAAAUGCUGUUAACUGAACUUAAAUUGUAUUAAACUCUGAACUUUCCUGUAAAUCCUCUCUUGAACUUAAUUCAGAAUUGAAUACAUUCAGCAGAAUUCACUCUGCUAAUUUAAUGCAUUGUUUGAAAUUGGGAAAUGAUUAACAUUUGGUUGGUCUAACAUUAACAAUGCAAGCUUAUAUACUCCAAAUGCAGUUUAAUGCCUAUAUAUGAAAUCUAAAUAAGUGUUGAGGAGAAAAUGGAGCCAAAUUAUACUAGAUUUAGAUUUGUUUUUAGGUGGUUUAAGUUGUGAUCACUCCACAAUACAUGGGCCCACAAAUCAUAGUUUGUGAAAGCACUUUAUUUGGUAAUGUUAACUCCUGAAGCUGGUUUGUGUGUGUGGUGGUCAAACAUGUUCUGGAUCUGCAUUGCUGUGUAUAUGUAUGCCAUUGUGCUUUGUGCUGUACUGUGAAGAUGUUUUUGUUUUGCCUCAACACGAUCAGUAUUGUCUCUUCAGCAUUUCUUAUUGUCUUGGCUGUUGAUAUUUUGCCUGUGCAUAGGAGUACUUGCACAUGCAAAUAUUGUGCCUAUGUGAAUAAAUCAGUCCCAUUUUAUAAAUGGAUGUGAUAUGUUUGCUGUUUAUGAUAACCUAAAGCUUUUGACAAUGAACUUCAAAAUAUUGUGAAGUGAAGAUUGGUGAUGUUCAUGUUUUUUUUUUUCACUUUAUAAGACAAAUAGUAGAAAGGACAUAAACAAUGCCAUUCACAAUUAUACACAUUUAACAAGCUUUGUAUUGCAUAUGAAAUGUUUCAAUUUUUAAUACAAGUUGUCUAGUACAAGUUUGGCCCCAAAAUUGAGUCUCUGUUUAUCUUUGCCUGGUGCUGCUGCUUCAAAAAUAAAUAAAAAAAAGAA